AAUCGCUUUUUAAACCCGGCAGCUUCGAGUAGCUGAGGUGUAAUCCCGUUUUGGACUGUGGUCGGCUGCGUCGCGCUGAAACAAAAUAGUGAGAAAGUGUCGUGGCGUUUGUUUAGAAGGCGUCGAUCUGGGCCACGUUAUGAGAAAAUAGCCAAAAUAAAGCUGCUGCAUUGAACAGAUUUGGACAAAAUGUCAGAUUCCGACUCUGAUUGUGAAUAUGGUGACUGGGAAGACUCCAGACACCGCAUAACCUUUAGAAAUGAUACAGUCAUCGCCCUCCGUCCAUCAGAGGAGGUUUUUGAUCGAUGGGGCUGUAUCUCUGUUGAUACCAAAAAAGAAGCUGGACAGCGGAUGAAAAUAUGUACCUUCUGGCUUCCCAUUCUGCUGCAGCGUGACGAGUCCAGCCCUACUGCUUGCUGGGCUGUACAAAUAGGUCUAAUCGACUCCAUGGACAGUGAAGAUCUAAGUCUGAAGCAUCUGCACAGGAUAGAAAUAUUGGAAGCAGUCCUCAGAGCCUUGGAGAAAGGAAGUUUGAAAAGGGACCAAACAAAGCAUAUUUUCUGGAUAAGCAACAUGUUUAACUUGCGUUCCCCAGAGGUUUUGGAGAAUGCAUUACACUGGUUGGAGCGAACAGAAGAGCCUGCUAUUCGCCAUCGCGUCCUGGCGCUUGGCCACGCACACACCUGGUUCACAACCCUGCACGUUAUCUUCACCGAGUUUGCUAAGUAUAUUCAGGACAUGGGUACCAACUUGGAGAAGACAAUGAGGACACUGAUGGCUCGACCAUCUGACUGUCAUGUAGAGAAAAGUGAAGAAAUGAAGAAGAAAGGAAAUGACAACUUUCAGAAAAAACAGUAUGAAGAUGCUGUGAAGUUUUAUUCCAAAGCCCUCAAAUAUUACCCUGACAACCACAUAAUUUAUGGAAACAGAGCCCUGUGCUAUAUCCGAUGUAAAAAGUAUCUAAAAGCAGUUGGUGAUGGAAAACGGGCUACUCUUAUAAAACCACUCUGGGCAAAGGGUCACUAUCGCUACUGUGAGGCUUUGUUCUCCUUGGGAGAGGUCAAAAUGGCUAUUGAAGCUAACAAUUCAGCCCAGAGUCUGUGUAAGGACGACCAUGAGGGAAUCAAAGACCUGGAACAACAACACCUUAAAUUCAUCACUGAAAUGGCAGAAUCUAAAGCUGGAUGGCCAAAGAGUAAGAAGAAAAGACAGAACAGCACUAACAGAGCAGAUGCAGUGGAGUCACAACAACAUUCUGUAAAACAUUUUCAGAUGGGUGUGGUAACAAGCAAAGCUCCACACAGCAAGGUCUCCGAGGUUAAAAUGGACAAGCAACCAGGGAAAAAUGAACGGACUGCACAGAUGAAAGGCAGUACUAAAGACCCAAAACCCUCAAAAAGUGAGUUUUCUGCAAAGAAUGGAAAAGGAGAUUCCAGCACUACAGCAAAGAAGAAAUCAAGGAACAGAAAUAGCCAGUCUGAAGAUGAGAACCAGAAAGUGGCCGAGAGUAAAUCAGGUGUGUGUAAAGAGUUGAGAUCUAUGGUGCAGGAUGCCCAUACUGCUCUGGCUGACCUCCGCAGCCGCAAUGCAGAGCAGGCCUUCAGCCAGGCACUGGCCGUACUGGAAACCAACACACCCAAGGAACUUGGACUUUCCAUCCUGGAUGUAUUGUUGCUACUGUAUGGCCGUGCAUUGGCCCUGACAGAAAUUGGCCAGCCGGAGGAACUUGCAGAAGCACAAAAACUUACGACGAAGAUAAAAUCAUUUGAGGAGAGGACAUUUCAAUGUCUGGUUUACUAUGCAAUUGGGAGGGUGUAUCUCAAAGAGAACAGGUUUUCAGUUGCUCUGGAGCAGUUUUCAGAUUCCCUGCAGAUGGUCAAAAAUCAAAUAACACCUGGUAAACUCACCUGGCCUUUAACAAAAGAGAUUGUCAAAGAAACACAACCUGAAUAUUUCAAGGAAAUUUUGGAGAGUGCUAUCGACUUGUGCAAAUUUCCUCCUAUUCCUGAUGCCAUUUGUCGACUUGAGAAAUGCCAUGGCCCUUUGAAAGCUGAAAUCUAUUUCACUGAUCCAGAUUUUAAGGGCUUCAUUCAAAUAUGCUGCUGUCAGAGCUGCACUGUUGAAUACCACAUGACCUGUUGGAAGACCCUAAAGACAACAACCUUCUUUGAAAAGAAUGAAAAGGAUUUCCUGCAAGAGGCAUGUUUGACUCCAGACUGUGUCGGCCACAUCUGUAGUAUCAAAAUCUUUGGUCCAACAGGAUUGGUGAAAUGUAAGUUUGAAGCUGCCAUCCCCAAACUACAGACUCCCAAGAAGCCAAAAGUGAAUCAAAAAUGUACAAGUCUGAAGAAGUUAAAAUCAAAGGAAGAGCACAGGCUCAGGAGGAAGCAGCAUAAGCAGUCAUUUCAAGAUAAGCAGGCUAUCAACGAUGAGAUUCUGCAGCAGAAAGAAGACUCUGCUACUCAGAGUCAACAGAAAGCCUGGUUGCUGUACAGGGAUCGAGUUCUGCUGCAGAUCAGCCAGAACAUGGAGCUGCUAAAAGAGGAGAAGGCCCUCCACGUGUCGGCCCUAACCGGCAGUCUGAGGCCCUGGCUAGAGCUGGACUCAUCAAGGGGGAACCAGCUAGCUGAGAGGAUGCUGAACUGGCAGCAGGAGCCGCUGGAGACGCUUGGUCAGGCUGUUGAGCUGCUACUAGAGAGGAAGAACCGGGUUUGGGCUCGUAUCCUGAUCCAACUACUGAGUAGCUGUCUGGAUGUAAAUCCCAAACUCAACAAGUGGGCCUGUCAUCUUAACAAUGCAGGCCUGAAUGCUGCUAAAUCCUUCAUUGAGCGCUACACAGAACACUUGGAACAGCUGGACCUGGCUCUUCUGUUCAACUUUGGUCCAUUACAGGACAUCAUUAUAGCGAAGCUUGGUACUAGUCCAGAGCUUUUUUCAAGCAUUGGCUUGACUGUGACUGAAUACCUAAAACAGGCCCAGCCACAUGACAUAAGACUCUUUAUCUGGACUCUGGAGGAGCAUAGGGAUAAGUAUCUCUCCUGCCACACUUUACUGGAUGAGUAUUUUGAUAUGAUGGAUGGACAUUGUUCAGUCUUAAAAAAGUCUGACGUAAAUCAAAAUAAUUCUCCUAUGAGGCCUAAGAGUCGAGGCCGGAAAAAGAAACUGAAAGAGCCAAAGGGUGUUAUUGUUUUGUCUGGGAUGAGAGGUGUAACUCCAAGAGAUGAGUGGGACCAAGACUUUUUUGAAGAUGACUCUUUAUCAUUCCUUCACCCUUUUGAGCCAUUCAGUGUACCUAGUCACCUUAGAGAGCAAGUGGCUGAUUUUGAGGACCAGUACAACAGCACCAGAAGACACAGAAGUCAGUAUAAAAAGAUUUUGGACAACAACCCUGACCCAACAAAAGAGAGUUUGUAUGACUACUUUGCCCAGAUCUUGGAGGAGCAUGGUCCCCUGGUUGCUGAGGACCCUCUGCUGGUGGGUGAACUGGAAAAUUUUCCUUCUGUGGCUCAGCUGAAGAUCCAAGAAGCAGGGGGCUUCGAGUCCUUCCUCCUGGAGUCCCUUCGCUUCAUAAAGAUGGGGACGUGUAUCGGCCUGGCUAAGCAUGCCGUUUGCCUGCAGCAGGCUGGACAUGGAGGUAGCCUGGAUGACCUGGAUGUCAUAUUGGAUCCUGACACAAACACACUAUCUCCUGAUUUGCAUGAACCCACUUUCACAAGAUAUCUCGACAAUUUUUCAUCUGCACAAACUGAAGUCUAUCCCCUCCUCCCAAGUCCUUAUGCAUUUGGCUUCCAGUCAGCUAGUGGAGUUAACGCCUCUGUAACAGGGAAUGAUCCCUUCUAUCAUUGGAGUAAUGAUAACAGUCAACAACAAGCCCCUUACUUUUUUAAUAAUGACUAUGGGGAGUUGGAUCAAUAUGUCAAUGAGUCUAAUGUUGGAGUUUUGGAAAUGAAUCCGUCUUUAGGUGAAGUCGCUUCAUUGAAAACUGAGGAAAACAUUUUGAAGAAACAUGCAGCAGUACAGACAAGUCCGGAGAACAUGAGCAGUGUAGUGGUGAAUACAGAAUUUCAUGAGCGUUUUGAGAGCUGUCAGGGUGACAUCAACAAGAAGGAAAAGAGCAACAGGAUGCUGGAGCAGCAGAUCAAGAAAAUGGCAAACGGCUGUGACAAAGUCAACCUAAAGCACAAAGAAGACAUCAAGUCCCUCGAGGAAGACAUACAGGAGAUCACUGCCAAUAUACAAGUGACCAAUAAAGAGCUGGCACUGUUCCAGCAGAAGCUGGAGGAGGAGGUGAAGAAGGACCAGAAGGAGAAGAAAGCCAACCAGGAAGUACUGAAGUCCCUCAAGCUGAAUAUAGAAGAGUUGGUGGAGGAGCAUGGGAGUCUGGCCCGAAACAUCCGAGAGAAGAAAGCCAACUAUGAAGCAAAGUUGAGUGAUUUCCUAGAGCUGGGCAAUCAGUCAGCAGCUGAGAAGAUGAGUCUGGAGGAUGAGAUCAAGCGCUGUAAAGCCUUGUUUACCUCGGCCGCCAGGAGGUCUCACACAGCUCGGUUGUCAGUAGUGGAGAGCAGCCGAGAUCAGGGUUUAUACGGCCUCUACAGAGAGCUGUCGGAUGCCAAGGCUUUGCUGACCAAACUGGAUGAAGCAGUACACAGAUACCCAAACCAAGACCUGGAAAUGACCAGAAACAGCUGGAGAGCCAAUGUCCAAGAAGCUGAAAAGAAAAUCUCCACUGCUGAGACACAGUACCAGGAGCAGAUUGAUCAAGCGAAGAACGGCAAAAGAGUCAGUGAGUUGCUUCAAGUCAACAUCAACAACCAGUCUGAACCUCCAGCACAAAAGCUCUGUAUGGCAGCCAAAGAGUUUACUCCUCAGCGCUCAGCCCAGGUGUCACACAGCACCCCCCCGACCAUCCAGCACUCUGCAGCCCCGUCUGCAGCUGAGGCACUGGCCGCUCCGACUCAGACCCAGAACAAGCCUCCAACCAGGACACUGGAGCCUCCUCACAGCACCAUGUUUGCCAAAGCCAUGGAGCGCCUGGGUACCAUUUUCCCUGACUAUACAAGGUUAGACUUGAUGAGGUUUGUUCAGGAGCUUCGUUCAUCCAGCGGUGGAAGCCUCAACAGCAUGGCAUUGCAGGAUGUGGUCGGUGGAGUGACGCAGUUGAUCCUGGACCAUCAGGAGAAGCUUAAUUCUGUCAGAUCCAACAUUGCGGGACGUGGGAGUCCAGCUCAGUGUGCUACUCCCCCUUUGGUAACCCCAGCUCCGGUCUGGCAGCCAGUCGGACCCCAAAGAGCCACACAUUCCAAUGCCCUCAACGUGGAGGAUCCCUGCAUCAUCUGUCACGAUGACAUGGGUCCCGAUGACAUCUGCGUGCUGGAGUGCAGACACAGCUUCCACAAAGAGUGCAUAAGGUCAUGGCUGAAGGAACAGAGCACCUGUCCCACCUGCAGAGAUCACGCCUUGCUGCCUGAAGAUUUCCCCACGCUGCCUGGCAGGAGACGUCAAGCCCCGUAAUGUCUUAACCCUUAUCACCUCGUCUUUGC